AUGGAAUGGAAAAGUAAUCUAAGGCGCACCCAGUCACUGAGGAGCGUCCCCUCGUCAUGUGACAAGCCCACCUGGACAGAGGCAGGGCUUCGGGACAGGACAACAUCUGUGUCCCAACUGGUUGCCAGGUAUCAAACUACAGUGGAAGUCAGCUCAUCUGUUCAAGACACUUUGGUAAAUAAUGGUGAAGCAAAGCCAGGGCAGGCGCUCAAAGAGAUAACACCAUAUCUCCGGGACAGCAAAGAGACUAAUCUGGAGUCUCUGAUGAGAAGAAAUGAGGCGAGGGAACAGUCUCGAGACAAAACCAAUUUGACUCGCAGUAAGUCAAUGGGGAGCCUUCACAGCAGCGCUGGGUCCAUUGGAGCCCUGAAGGCUCUGUUUGAGUCGAAGGCAGCUACACAAACCACAACGAAGAGCAGUUUCAGAGGUGUGAGCUUCACAUCACCUAACAAGGCAGCAGACAUCAUGCAAAUGGUGAAUGGAAAGGUUGAAGAAUUAGAGAGCUCUGCAGAGGAACCAAAGACCCAAAUUCCUGCUGAUGCUCCAGUUAUUGACGCUAAAACGAAUGCAAAAAAUCAUGUCACCCGAAAGGUGGUGAAUCAGACCCGCACGGAGAGGAGAAAAACAAUAGGGGGCAUUGAUUUUGAAACAAUUGCAUCCUCUCAAGCUGAUGAAAAGAGGAGGUCGAUUGCAGAUUUUAGAGACAGCUCCUUCAUCCAAGCCAAGGAGAACCUGAGUGUCUCGGUCAAAGCUAUGUCCGCUCUCUAUCUGUCAAAGGUUGUACCUCAGGAUUCAACACACAGCCUUUUAAAACUGGAAAGUGGUCAGUCAUCUGAAUCUGGGAAAAGAGUCAAACAGAUGGCUGAAGACUCUCAACAAAGGACGGAUGACUUCCCUCCAACUCCUUCAACCAGACAUCAGUCAGGACCAGAAAACAUCUCUGAGGCACAUUCCCCACAGUCCAUGCCAGCCAAACUCUCCAAAGAGAAGCUACACCAACAGCGGCAGAAAUGUGAGCUGAGACGGCUCCUGAAACACACUCACCCAGAACUGAAGAUGUUGGAUGAAGUUGUGGAUGAGGAGCUUGCUGAGGUUUUGAGCUCCGAGACUGAAGUGACAGCUGGUGAAACUGGAUACGAGGGAGAGGUCCUUUCCAGAUGCCUGAUAUUUGAGAACUGUGCCCUAAGCAACAAAGUAGCUCCUUCCACCCCCAAGAUGCACAUGGCAGAGGGAACAGUGGAAAGAGGCAAUAUCAGUAAAACAUCAGCUGUUUUUGAGAAGCAUGACAAUAGUCCUUGUAAUGAAAGUGAUAAAGGAAUCAUGGAGGAAGAGAAAAUGCUCUGUUCUAGUCCAGAUCCUAACAGAGAGUGUGAGGAGGAGAUGAUAAGAAUAGAUGUUCAGGCUACCAGAAGGAUGUUUGAGAGUCAGUCUGUGAACAAAUCUGCACCACAUCUAGGAAAUAAGUUCCAUGGGAACGUUUCUAUACCUGGGGAUCCGACAGAGGCAGUCCAAAAACGAAAACAGGGGUUGGAAAUAUGUAGCAAAGAGAAUCUACCAAGUGAAAACAAAAGCAAUGCAUGUUCCAAAAGUCUUGAUCAGCCCAGUAAACAAAGCCCAUGUGUUAAUAUCACUGGUCAAAGCACUGAGUUUACUGAUUGGGAAGAGUUUUCUACUGGUGAGACAGUCUUUGACAGUGAGCCUACAAGCCUUCCUGAUCCAGAGGAAUGCGGGCAAAUAAUCAGAACGAGUGGGGCUCUUUUACAAAACAACCCAUUUAUCCCAACAAACAUAGAAAAAGAGCAUUCCUUUGUGCAUGCAUCAAACUCCCAAAGCCCAGCAGGAGACGGUGGGGCAGCUCAGGAUUAUCCGAUAGCUAAUGUCAAGAACAGAGCCCACUUGUUUGAAUCAAUGCCAUUUGAUAAAAUUAGACAUCAGAACAAGGAUGAAAUUGAGACGAUGGUGGAGAACAUCAAGGAAACACUGAAUUCCCUUUAUCAUGCCAAUGCCAUACAUUCAGAUGGCUCAAUCAUUGAGGUUAAUGAGACAAUGAUAGCCAAAAAGGCCAAAUUCACACUAUCAGAGAGUGGGCCUGAGAUAAAAUAUGAUGAGGUGUCAGAAGGUGGUGCACAAAACUUCAUACUCCAGUUACUUCCACGGACAAACCUAAAGCCUCAGAUCACAUACCUAAAGGAGGGUAGCAAGGGAAGUAUGGAGGCCACAGUGGUGGAUGUACCCUUGCAUCAGCAUCACUUCACAACCAACCAAGACACAGAGUUUAAAACUGCCAAUGUGGCUCAGCUUGUUGAGGAUAUUCUCAAUCAGGAUAACUCUCUGAGUAAAGGAGUGAUAAUCCAGCAGGAUGCAGACAGAUGUGCUGAAGUCAUUGUUUACUCCCUCUACAAUUAUUUUGAUGAAGAAGAUGUGAAAAGUUACUGUCCCUCACAAGGUGCAGAAUAUGAUGAACCGGAGCCAGAAAGAGGUGAUGUGAGUAAACCAGACAAUCGAGACCUAAGGAAAGGCCUUAUUGACUCAACCAUAAGCUGCCUUCUAGAAACUCCUAAAGAUCAAACCUGCCAAGGAUUCAUAAGGCCUGAAAUCACAGUAAAAGGGAAUGUAAAACUGUUCAAAAGUUGUAUUGAAAAGGGAGAUUUGGAGUAUUUGAAAACUCUUCAGGUUGAACCAACAGUCCAAGAACAAGAACUCCCUCCUGACCAAAAUGUUGCUGGACAAGAAAAGGAGCUUCAUCAUGAACAAGGAGGUGAUCAAGCAGAGGAGAGUGCUUCAGAAUGGGUGCCAGUGGAUGUAAAGAGACUGAAAAACUUGUUCUCUGGAGACCAAAGACCGGUCCAACCACAGCAAAACGUUUUCUUCCAUGUGCAAGCAAAGAGGACUUUUCAGGAGUGUGGUGGCCAAACACAAGAAGCAUUUAACUCUAAAGCUGUGCCACAAGGAUCAUAUCUACACCUUGAGGCGCAGGUCCACCAGGCUGAAUUGGUUGAGGUGGUGGAUGAUAAUAAGGAAAUGUCUAACCUCCAAACUGCAAUUCAUAGCCUCCAAAAGGCAACAGCUGAGGCCAAAUCUUUGCAUGACCUAUCACAAGAAAAGGAGAAAUUCCUUUUUCAAGAAUCUUCUAAGGAACUUGACAUCUCAGUUGGGGCAGGUAAUGUCAAACACUCACGAACUAAAGAAGAAUUACCUCAAGAAAAUGAGGACCAAAAAGAUGACCCAUGCACUGAGCCAAGGUGGGAUGAACUCCCAUCAGCCUCCAACAUCACCUCAGGGCAUAUAUCAGACCCCCAACAUAAGAAUACAGACACAUGCCUUAAAGCCACUAAGCCUGAAGAAGUACAAACUGCUGAGACGUUUGGCAAAAUGUCCCUAAAAGGCACAGAGGUGGUCUCAAAACAACACUUUCAAUCGACUUUGGAGUCUGUACACAGUCCAGAAACAACUGCUGCAGAGCAAGAGGAUGAGGAAGUUGUUUUUCAGGGUAAACUUCAAGCAGCUUUGGAUUCCCUCGAGAGAUCCAACAUCAAUGUCAGUAGAGGGGAUUUCAGAGCAGCUAUGAUAUACAGAAACUCAUCCAAAACUCACACAGAAAGAUCACAAAAUGUGGAUGCAGUGUCUGUUCAAAACCCAUCUAAGGAGGAGUUUUGCCCUGUGACUGAACCUAAAUCAACUCAAGCACAACUAAGAAAAGAGGUCUCCAAAGAACAAGUGACUGUAGCAAAUGCACAGCCCCAAAGCCAAAAUGACACCCUAAACAAAUCGGCUACAAGUGAUGUCACAGAGAAAAGCAGAAGGCCUGUUGGCCCCAAACCAACUAUCCCACCUAAACCAGAGCAUUUAAAAGUGAAGCAAAGUGACAUACAAUCAGCCAACAAAAAGGAUCCUGAGUCAACCCAAAGUAAUACUGUGAGAACCAAAGAAACCGUUUCUCAACCAUUGGCAGUGUCACUGAUUGAUCAUCAAAGACAUAAGCUUUCUGAUGAAGCAACACAAAUGUCUCAGGACAUUGAAGUAAGGCAUCAAAGUAAAGGUUCAGCUGUCAUUUUAGAAAGUGAUAAAACAGAUAUCAGUAAGCAACAACAGGAGAUAAAUAUUUCAACAGAAGAGAAAAGUCCACAAGAUUUCACAAUCAAAGAUAAUAUGAAUGAAGCAGAUGAAAGCCAUGUAGAUUUUCAAGAAGCAUGUAAGAAAUUUGGGGGUAAAAAGGCAGCUAAAAGUGCUCCUGUAAAGCCGAAAAGAGUAAAACUUGCUCAUCCGGACAACAAAAACCCAAAACACAUGUCUGGAGAUAGUUCCUCAGUUCUUGCACAUGUGGUUGAGGAACCACAACAAACUCUUACUGGUCCACUGUGCCAAAACCCAAAUGUCUGUGGAAAAACUGCUGAAAGCAAAGAUAAACAUGGGAGAGAAAUGAAUAAAGAAAGCAAAGUUGAGAUGAGGGAAAAGAAAGGUCGAACUGAGACAGAGGACGAACGCCGACAGCGGCUGUCAGUUCACAUGGAUGAGAUCAUGAGAGGGAACAUAACAGCAGCCAUGGAAAUCUUUGACAACUUGCGAAAGCAGGAAGAACUGCAAAGCAUUCUCAGUCGAGUUGAGGAAAUCGAACAGGACACCAGCAAGGUCGAUGUAACGGCCCUGAGGGGAGUCUUUGAGAACGUUCCUGACUGGGUUGUGAAGUCCAGCAAAAAGAAACAAAAAAAGCCAAAAACAGAAAACAAAGAGAGGUUGCCGUUAAUGAGAAACAACACUGAAAACAAGCCAUCAAUGGCUCAUGUUUUUGGAGAUCUUGAGCGCGCCAGUGAAGAAAUCAUGAAUCUCAAAGAACAAACUUUAGCAAGACUUAUGGACAUAGAGGACGCCAUAAAGAAGGCUCUUUAUUCUGUCUCUACCUUGAAAUCUGACUCAGAUAUUGCUGGUUUAUCAUGUCUGUUCAAAGAGUCACUGGGGACGGGGCAAGGAUCCCCAUCAUCUGGUAAUAUUAGCAAAAUAAGCAUUGGGUCAAGCAGAACAAAAUCACCGCAGACACAGGAAAGCCCCACAGCAGAGGGAAACGCAGCUCUGCCAGUCAGCCAGAGUUAUAACAUAGAGGCAGCCUCUGCGAAACAAAGAUCAAGUCCUCCAUCUUCACCUGCCUUUAUUUCCAUCCAAUCAGCUGCUAGAAAGACAGAUAAAACUGAAGUGCUUCCACCAGAGACGAGAAUCUGCCAAACAUGUCAGCACAGUACAAAGACGGAGGAGAAAUUCUGCACAACUAAAACAUUGACAUGCAACAGUCCUGCUCAAAACAGAAAAAGUGACCCUAGAAAAGGGGGUCAAAAACAAUCCUCUCUCUCCCCUAAAAGAGAGCUCAGUGUACUUGAGGUGCAGACUGACCAUGAGGGGAACAGUAUCACCGGCACUAAAACAGUCACGGAGAACUAUGAGAGGACCGAUAACUUUGGAAACCGGUUUUACUCCUCCAAAACCUCCACUGUUGUCAAUGCUCAGCCAGAAACAACAUCAGUCCAGGCCGGUCCUGCUACGCACCAGGUGACCAAGUACCCAGAAGUUCGACUGCCAAUCAAUCAGAAACCCUAAAACAUUCACAUUCAUUGAUGCAGUUUGUUACCUAAGUGUUUUCAUGCAUUUUAUCGCAAAGUUAUGUACAUAAUUUUAUUAGCAAAUAUUUGAAUUAUGUCAGUUAUUAUUGAUUGUUUGUAUUUAUAAGAGGUUAUUAUUGGUUAUGAUUUUCUUAAUGAUGUU